AUGCCACAGAAGAGACAAAAGGAACCAAAUCGAUUUAUACCAAAUGGUUUUAACUUUCAGAUUCCAAAUAAUCAACCGCAACGAAUUUUUCAAAUCCCACCACACCAUCAACAGCAGCAACAACAACAACCACCACCACCACAGCAUCAACGGAGAAGAACAUUCACCCCUGAAGAAAGAAAUUUCAAUAAUUUGAUGCGUCAACAAAAUCAAGGUUUGAGAUUUUAUCCGGGGCAGUAA